AUGGCAGAAAACACAAGUCCAGGUAUCACUAUGACUUGUGAGAUAUGUUCAGAGUAUUACACUGACCCCCUCAUGCUUCCCUGUCUUCACUCAUUCUGUAAGAAGUGUCUAAUAAAAGCUAAAGAGAAGCAAGGUAGUGCUGAUACCUCAUUAAAGUGUCCAACGUGUGACAUUAGCGUUAAUUUACCUGACGGUAAAAUUGAAGGCCUGACUCAAAACCUUUGGUUUGAACAUAAAUCAAAAGAGGCUUCAAUCAAAAAGAAGAUCGUUAGCAAGGAAGCAGUAUUGUGUGAUAAAUGUGAUGAUUCCAGUGAUGCAGCUGUUGUGUAUUGCUGUGAUUGUGGCCAGUUUCUGUGUGAUCAUUGUAAGAAAGGUCAUAAGCGAAACAAGAAAGAAGCCAAUCACGAGUUGGUUGAUCUAGGCAGGGAAGAAUCUUUUGAAUUGCCUGCGAUUAAGCAUGAUGAAAAAUGCUGCCCACGACAUCCAAAAGCAGAGCUAUUAUUCUACUGCUAUGAUUGUGAAGUAAUGACCUGCCUCAAUUGCCUGCCUACUAAGCACAAGGAUCAUGCUUAUGAAGAUUGCAUUGACGUAGGAGUAACAGCACGUAAAGCAUUAAAGGAAAGUGUUGCUAGUUGUGAUGGAGUCAUUCCUCCAGUCACUGAAGCUAUUGCUAAUGGAGAGAAGAUGCUAGAGCAGAUAGCAACACAUAAAGAAGAAGUAAGGCAGGAAAUCAAGGAAACGUUUGAAGAGCUUAAAGCUGCUUUAGAUAAGAGAUGCAAUGAUCUACUAAUGGAGACAGAAGAGAUUGCUAGCGCUAAGAGGAAUUCUGUUGAGAAACAGUUGGAUGGGUUAUGUAAACUGGUAAAACAGGUUUCUCAUGGUCGUCAUCUUGCAUCAUCAGUGAGUGAGCGUACUGAUCCAGGUGAAAUUCUGAGUGUUAAGAAGCUAAUCACCAAUCAACUAGAGGAAUGCAUUGAAGAGUAUAAGAAACUACCUCUAGAAAUAGAAGAAAAUGAAGUGAUUGUAGCACGCCUAGAUACAUCUACUUUAAGUAAAGAAAUCAAUGAGUUUGGAAAUAUUAUUGUAGAUAUAGAUGCAUACUCCAUUGAUAGUGGGUUAGCUAUUCCAUUGGCAACAGUAAAAAAAGAAAGGAAAUUCAAAGUGUCUCUACCAGCAGGCAUUGAUAAAGCAGCAAACUAUUUAAAGGGUUCCUUUAUCAAAAGUGAUGGUAGUAAAGAGGAGGGUAGAGUUGCUAAAAUUAAUAACAACACAGCCAUUGUAUCAUGCACACCUCAAAGUACUGGUGGAUAUGAACUAUCAGUGACUAUAAGAGGUCACCAUAUUAAAGGUAGUCCUUAUCAACUGUCAGUAAAAGCAUCAAGAGACUAUACCACACUAACUAACCAGAGAUCCUUUAAUGUGGGGAGCGGUACUUAUGGUGUUGCUGUUCAUACUAAUGGUGAAGUAUUUGCUAGUAGUCAUAAUGGUGAGUUUGAGUUUGUUCAGGUAUUUAGUGAGGAUGGUACUGCAGUAAGAAGGAUUGGAUCUAAAGGUAAUGGUAAUGGACAGUUUGAUUGGCCUUGGAGUUUAUUGCUGGUAGGAGACAGGCUCUAUGUGUCUGAUAAUUUUCUCCAUCGUGUGCAGUAUUUCUCAGCUACUACUGGUCAGUAUAUUGGUCAGUUUGGUAGUAAUGGUAAUGAAAAUGGACAAUUUUAUCAUCCUCGUGGUAUGUCCACUGAUGGUAAAGGUAAUAUAUUAGUAGCUGAUUACAACAACAGUAGAGUACAAGUGUUUAAAGAAGAUGGUACAUUUGUACAAGUCAUACAAUGUGAUGGUAAUGCAUCUGAUGUAGCAGUUGAUAAUGAAGGAAAGAUACACAUUACCAUUCGUAGUCAACAUCAUGUUCAAGUCUUCUCUCCUGAUAGUAAAACUCAUCUUGAUACAUAUAAUAAUCCAGCUGGUAACUUUAAUAAUCUUAAUGGUAUUGCUAUUGAUGAUGAAGGAUAUAUCUUUGUAUCAAGUUACAAUGGCUAUCUUCAUGUAUUGAGUCCUGACAGGAAACAAGUCAAAUUAAUCUCAGGAUUAUCUUCUCUAUGGGGUUUAGCACUAGAUAAGGAUGGAUAUAUUUAUGUUGCUGAAUCUGGCAACAAUCGUAUAAUGAAAUAUUAA